AUGAGAAAGCCAGCCUGCCUUGGCCCAGCUGGGAGCCACACAGACACAACCCCCCAUCCCCAUCCCUACCCUGCCCCAUCCACCAAAACUCGGGACAAGUGCCUAGCCUUGGGAUGGGUGCCCCUCAAGUUUUGGAAAGUUUCCUGUGAAUUUUAUUCCAUCAAAAUAAAAAUACAGCCAAAGCAAGGAUUUUAAAAGCCAGUGGCACCUCCUCUCCCCCCUCCCCAAUUCCAGUGGUUGGAACAUCCUGAGCAACAGAAAACCAGAAACCAGUCUUAGAGGAGCCUAAGUGCCAUGAGGGAACUUCUAGGCCGAGUAUGAUCCUCAUCUAGAGGCAAUGGGGUGGAAGGGGCUUAGGAGAGGGGCAGGACUCCACAUCUGAGCACUGAGUGAAAAGAUAGGGACUAGCCACUCCGUAUUCUAGGUCCCCUCCAGUCAGCAAUGAUACCAGACCUUUGUCUGUCCCCCUCUCCCCCUGCCACCAAUUUCCUCUGUAUCAGCGGGCAUAGCUCAGGCUCAACUGGGGUCUGGCAAGACCAGGGGUCCAGUUCAUCUCCUAACCCCAACGCAGGCAACACUCCCUGCCAGGUAGCCCAGAGCUGAGACCCUGACUGCCCACCAUCCUCUUUCCACAGGAAUUCGGACACGGUAGCUGGCAAGUGGACACAGAGACCUGGUGGGCUGGAGCAGGGCUGCCCAUAGGACCUGAGCUAUCCAGGACUGGUCCCUUGUAGCCAGGACCUGGGCCCCCUCAUCUGCCCUCCCAGUCCUGGGGCCACUGCCCAGGUGUGGCCUGUGCCAAGUACAUCUUGGCGCCACUCUGGCCACCACCCUGAGAGACCCCUCAAGGGCAGGUCGUGACCACUGGGGGUAGGAAUGAGGGGAUGGGAUAUUUUAGGGAGAUUAAGGGCGGGUGUGUGGGGGAGGGGCUGUGCUUGUUCAGUUGCCCCGACUCUGUGCUUGUGGUCUUCAGGUGUGUUUGCAAGUCCUGUGGGUCACUCCCCACAAUCCACCACCCCCUCCCACACACACACACACACAGACUUUUUUGGUUAGUCUUCAGCCAUGGAAAAAUGGGAGAGUGGAUACAGGGCAACUCAAGUUUCGGGUUGGGAGACGGGCCGAAGGCAAGUCCAAAGGUGGGGUAGGAGCUCCCAUCUCCUUGGGGCUGGCUGAGUGUCUAGCCAGAAGGGGGAGCCCGACGCCAGGGCGGCUCGCACGCUCCGCCGGCGCCGCACAAGAGCCCCAUUAAAGCGCCGCCGGCUGGCCGACCGCGGCGAGACUCGCGUCCGGCUGUCCGGCCCGGCUUCCUCCCUCCCCGGGUCCAGGGCACCCGGCCCAGUGUAUAUGGGGGGGCGGCAUGGAGGCUCGAACUUGAGCAAACAAAUAUGUUCAUGGAACGCCUCCCUCUCUGCGGCGUAAUCUCAGGGCGCUAGACACCCCCCUUCUUAAAAAAAAAAAAGCAUGGAGAAAGGAGCUAGGGGUCUGGAAAGAAGCAAGAUCUGAGAGCAGGGGACGAGGUCGAGGGCCACCCUUUCAGCCCCGCACGGUGACCAGCUGGGGGAGAGGCCCCCUCCCCUCUCCAUGGAGGGCGGGGGCGCAUCUCCGGGCGGGAGGGAGUUAAGCCCGGUGGCCUCGAUGCUCCACGUAGGAGCUGGCUUUGGCUGCCAGUUGUGGUCAGGGCCACCGUAUAAAUAGGGCGGGAGACCCGAGCGGCCGAGGACUUCCCGCUGCCCUCACCCUGCCAUCGUCGUCGCUGCCGCUGCCCCCAGCCCAGCCCCAGGCAUCCUGGCCAUGGCCCGCCAGAUGCUCUUGCUCAGCCUCGGCCUCCUGGCCGGCCUGCUGCCGAUGCUGGCCGCCUGCCCCCAGAACUGCCACUGCCACGGCGACCUGCAGCACGUCAUCUGCGACAAGGUGGGGCUGCAGAAGAUCCCCAAGGUGUCAGAGAAGACCAAACUGCUCAACCUACAGCGCAACAAUUUCCCGGUGCUGGCUGCCAACUCAUUUCGGGCCAUGCCGAACCUCGUGUCGCUGCACCUGCAACACUGCCAGAUCCGCGAGGUGGCUUCUGGCGCCUUCCGCGGCCUCAAGCAGCUCAUCUACCUGUACCUGUCCCACAACGACAUCCGCGUGCUGCGCACCGGCGCCUUCGACGACCUGACUGAGCUCACCUACCUCUACCUGGACCACAAUAAGGUGACUGAGCUGCCCCGGGGGCUGCUCUCCCCACUGGUCAACCUCUUCAUCCUGCAGCUCAACAACAACAAGAUCCGUGAGCUGCGCGCAGGCGCCUUCCAAGGCGCCAAGGACCUGCGCUGGCUCUACCUGUCGGAGAACGCGCUCAGCUCCUUGCAGCCCGGUGCUCUGGACGAUGUGGAGAACCUCGCCAAGUUCCACCUGGACAGGAACCAGCUGUCCAGCUACCCCUCGGCUGCUCUGAGCAAGCUGCGGGUCGUGGAGGAGCUGAAGCUGUCCCACAACCCCCUGAAGAGCAUUCCCGACAAUGCCUUCCAGUCUUUCGGCAGAUACCUGGAGACCCUCUGGCUGGACAACACCAACCUGGAGAAGUUCUCCGAUGAUGCCUUCCUGGGUGUGACCACGCUGAAACAUGUCCAUCUGGAGAACAACCGCCUGACCCAGCUGCCCUCCAACUUCCCCUUUGACAACCUGGAGACCCUCACUCUCACCAACAACCCCUGGAAGUGUACCUGCCAGCUCCGGGGCCUCCGGAGGUGGCUGGAAGCCAAGACUUCCCGCCCUGAUGCAACUUGUGCCUCACCCGCCAAGUUCAAAGGCCAGCACAUCCGUGACACAGAUGCCCUCCGCAGCUGCAAGUUCCCCACUAAGAGAUCCAAGAAAGCCGGCCGCCAUUAAACAGGUCCUGACCCAGCUGGUCCUGGUGACUGGCCUCUGCCUUCUGCCGGAGAAACUACUGACCUUCCCACCUCUGACCCCCGCCUUCUUUCACAGCCUCUGCUGAUGCACAGAGCUGUCCACACCUAGACACGUCCUGGCAGGGAGACUCGGGCACUCCAGCACCAACCCAGGUCCACAACAAGGGGCCAUCACACUUGGCCCCUCUGCCUGGCUCCUCUCAGAGAAGCUGUUGCCGAGACCCCCAAGUCCUUCAGAACCAGAACUGGUUGGUCAUCAGGAUGGCCACCCUUCCAGAAUCCCCCUUCCCUCUGCUUCUCUUUCCCUGCCAUUUGGAAACAAACAUCAGAUCCUUGCCCCACCCUUGUUUCAAGAAAAGGUCUUAAGUUCAUACCCCAACUCUGUCCGCUUCCGCCUGCCAGGGCGCUCUAACAGGACACUGGUGCUUUGCCGCAUAUCCCCCCAUCUGCAUUUCCUUCCCAGAUUUCUAUAAAGUUAUGUAUGUGUAAUAU